ACCUGGAAUCAAACUGUGACCUCCUGGUUCAUAGGUCAAUGCUCGACCACUGAGCCACACUGGCCGGGCUCUUCUGCAUCUUUUUAUGUCACUUCCCCUUGGCUGGUGCUACCUCAUCCUCAGAGUUGAUAGAUGGAACUGCUGGAAGAUAACAGACCAGGAAGUUGUCAAACUACCAGGACUCCUGCCACCUGACAGCUGCCCUGUGUUUCAGGUGACCCGGGGCCCCGAUGGCAAACUUCAAGGGCCACGCUCUCCCGGGGAGCUUCUUCUUGAUCGUUGGGCUGUGGUGGUCAGUGAAGUACCCACUGAAGUAUUUUCACCAAAAGGGGAAAAGGAGACAACUGAGUCAUAAUUAUGAGCGUCUGGAGAUCAUCGAGGCCGCCAUCAGAACUUUAUUUCCAGUCAUAGGGAUCCUAGCAGAGCAGUUUGUUCCGGAUGGGCCCCACCUCCACCUGUACUCGGAACACGAGUGGAUCAAGUUGAUGAACUGGCAACACAGCACCAUGUAUCUGUUCUUCGCCAUCUCAGGAAUCACUGACAUGCUCACCUAUCUCGUCAGUCACGUGCCCUUGGGGGUGGACAGACUGGUGAUGGCUGUGGCAGCGUUCAACGAAGGUUUCCUCUUCUACCACCACGUCCACAACCGGCCGCCACUGGACCAGUUCAUCCACUCGCUGCUGCUGUGCGCUGUGUUCGGAGGGGCUCUCAGCAUCUUCUUGGAGGUGAUCCUUCGAGACAACAUUGUGCUGGAACUUUUCCGAACCUCGCUCGUUAUUCUCCAGGGCACCUGGUUCUGGCAGGUAAGUGUUCAAACACUGCUCCUAGCGCUGAGGCAGCCAACGAACCUCAUGUUCAUCACCAUGUGCUUCUGCUGGCACUACCUGGCUGCGCUCUGCAUCGUGGCCGUCAACUACUCCCUUGUUCACUGCCUUCUGACCCGGUUAAAGAGGCGCAGAGAAGGAGAAAUCAUUGGCAUUCAGGAGCUGAAGUCAGACACCACUUACCAGAAGGCCCUGCUGAAUGGCUCCGACGAGGAAUGAGACGGGGCCCUCGGUCACAAACGGGGUGGCAUAUCCCCAUGAGCAGGACUAGCUGAGUGUCACAGGUGUGGCUCAUCUCCAUGUUAAUGCUUGCCUUGGUCUACCCUGAAGGUGCUCUAUAUCUGCACCUUCUCAUUUAAUGGCUGAAGACCGUGUUGGUGCGUAUCCUUCAUAAAGAAAAACGAAGCAAGCCUUUACGUCUCAGGAGAGAAAUCAGAGACUCUGAAGUGUCAGAACAGCACGUAGCCUCAUUGACGAAUCCAGGAUGUGAAUCCAGCCAAACCCACUGCUGUUGAUGACUUAUCCCUUCUUUCCCUCCCAAGAAAGCAGGAACUUUCUUAUUAGGAAGUGAGUGAAUCACAGUGCCUUUCUUUUAGAGAUUCAAGUCUAGCGUGUAUUUUUAAAAAGUAGUCAUCCACAAGUUUUGGUGUUUACACAUCACUUGUUAACACCUCCUAACUAAUCAUGACACUCCAGAGUACUGCAAUACCACUGUUGGUAAGUGACAAAGUUGGGCCAAAGGUACAUUUUGUUUUUAAAACCAGGAAGCUAGUUAGUGGCCCAGAUGAGAGCUGGAACUCAGAUGGUCUGACUCCGCAAAAGUGCCCUCAUGAGGAUGCUGACAGGAAAGCUGGACAGUGAGGGAGAGAAAAUGUCAGGUAGGGGAGGCCUUGACUUUAAAUACAGCCGAAAGCAAAGGGCAAGAAUCCCACAAAGGAUCUGAAGCUGGAACUGGUAAUACAAUCUUGAUACUCUAGUCUUGGUUCUGGUUUGUUUUUUUUUUAAGCUUCCUUCAACAAGGGCUUAUUAAACAUCUCCUUUGCACCAAGACUGGAAUGGUUGUACAGAUUAACUAAGUAUGUGCCCAGUAAGGAAUUCAGUCUAAUGGGAGAACUAUGCAGGCAGUUCAUACGGGGUGACUGAUGCCAUGAUGGUAAGUGAAACCAGCAUGACACAAAGGAGGGAGGACAAGUGCCAUAGAAAAGGCACAUUCCAGGCAGAGAGAAAAGAACAUGAAUGGAUAAAGGUGGGUUAGGACGAAUCUGAAAGCUCUUACCGUAGAGACCAAAUAGUACCAUUCAACUGUUGGGCACUUUUCAGACUCUGAAAUAUAUCUUAUUUGUUUCUCACGACCA